AGAAUAUUUCGAACUUGCGAUUUCCCUUCCUUCGAGUGACCAUUCAGCCAACGACGACGACAUCACCACCAAGAGCCAACUUCAACUCUUGUCCCUCGCACUAACCACAGCACCGUCGCAAUGGCCCCCAAGAAGUCCAAGUCGGAAGCGCAGUCCAUCGGCAGCAAGCUUGCCCUCGUCAUCAAGUCGGGCAAGGUUGUGCUGGGCUACCGCAGCACCCUGAAGUCUCUCCGCAGCGGCAAGGCCAAGCUCAUCCUCAUUUCCGCCAACACGCCUCCCCUCCGCAAGUCCGAGCUUGAGUACUACGCCAUGAUGUCCAAGACCGCCGUCCACCACUACACCGGCACCAACAUUGAGCUCGGCACCGCCUGCGGAAAGCUCUUCCGCUGCUCCACCAUGGCUAUCCUGGAUGCUGGUGACAGUGACAUCCUCAGCGACCAGGCUUAAGUCCAGCAGGCUUAAGGCUAGGGGCGAGGCGGGAAUACCGGUUGGCAUUCAUACGGCGUUCGGGUCUGAGAUCGGAAAAAAUGAUAUGACGACUUGGCGAUAUCCGGCUUUUUACAGCCACAUUCGACAUCCGGAGUUGACGCCCAAAGAGGCACUCCGUAGAUUAGUCGUAGUUUUAUGACAACUCGGUUUUCCAG